AUGAGUGAUAAUCUUCAAUCUAAUUAGAUUAACAUAUUUAGCAAUAUGCAGAGAGGAUCAAUUUUAGCAUAGUAAUUACCUUCGUUUACAGCAAUAAAUACUCCUAAAGGAUUAAGUGGGUCUAAGCCUAGACAAUAUUCUAUAGUUUUUACUCUUCCAUAAUCUGGAAAGUAGGCUUAAAUACGUAUUGAUAGUCCUCGCACAUAAUUAGCUAUGAAAUAAUUAGGUAUACUACCAUCAAGUCUCCAAUAAAAGCAGUUAGAUGACUUUAAAGGCCCUAAUGUAACUGAAAAAAUUCAAUAGCUUAGAUACGAGCACCAUCAAGAAAGACUUAUUUAGGAUUAUAUUAGCAUAAUGAGAUAGAGAAAAGAGAUAAUGAAAAGAGAAAGAGAAUAGGCGCUAAAACUUAAUGAGUCAAUUACAUCAAACAAUAAUAAUAACAACUUUUUUGCAAAGUAAAGAUAACCAAAUAAAGAAUCCCAAAAUCAAUCAGUUGCAUCUACAAAAGCUAAUACAGCUAUCUCUGGAGCUAGGCAAGACAGAUAACAAUUUUUUCUUUAACCUCAUAUUUCAUCUGGAUAAAAUAAAGAUAUUCCACUACAAAAAAUAACAAGUUUUGGCAACACUAACAAUAGAACUUCUAAAGAUAAUCUUAAUAUCACUUCAGCAAACAAUAUAAAUUUUAAAAGUUUUUACUAAAAACCUACUCUUCAUUAUCGUUCUUUUAGUGAGUAUAAAGUGGAUCCUUUACAUAUGUCAUAGCUGUUUGAUAAGACAGUUAAGUAUUUAAGAUCAAGUCAUGAAACACCUGAAGUAUAAGAAGGAAGUAUUGUUUUAAAUAAUAAUGGAGAUGAAGUGAGUUAAGAUUUUGACCCUUUUGAAAGCUAAAUGGAGAAAGAAAUCAAUAGAUUUAAUAAGUUAAAACUCUAAAAAUAGAAAGAAGCAAAGUUUAUAUAUCUGGAUGACUUAAAAAGAUAAAAAAUGAUUGAGGAAAUGGCAGAAAGAGAGAAGAAAAUGACUGAAUUUAAAAUAAGAGAAGAAAUAAAAAAGUAAUAGAAAAAAGAAAAAGAUAGAGAGAGAGCACUUGAAAAGCUUGAGUAAAUCAGGUCUCUCAAUAAGGCUCAAGAGGAUGAAAAAUUUAAACAAAAAUAAGAAGUGAUGAAAAGGCUUGAGGAAAUUAAGCAGAAAUAGAACGAGUAGAGUGUUUAAAAUGAACAAGAAUAAGAGCAGAAAAGGAGAAAAAGAAGAGAGAGAAAUGAAAAGAUUUCAAGAGCAAAAUCAGAAUGUUAAAUGAGAGACCUGAAGGAAAGUUAAAAGCAAUAUAAAUAGCUUUUGAAUAAAAUGAUGAUAUCAGAAGAAUAAUAUAAACAGAAAAUAUAAGAAAAGUAGUAGAAAAUGAAAGAACGACUAUCUUAAGAAGAAAUGAGAUUAGAUAAUUUUAUUUAAACAUAAAAAUAUAAAGAAAAAUUGAAUUUCUCAUAGUUUGUUGAGAAACUUUAAGACAAAGACUAGAAGCAUAAACAAAAUAUGGAAAAACAAAUAAGAAUGGAUAUCUCUCUUUAGUAGCUUAAAAAGGAAAAAGAGGAAAGACUUAAAGAAAAUUAACUCGGUGUUUAUCGAGAAAACUAAUAAAAAAAAAUAUAACUUAAUAAUAAAUUCAAAUAGAUCGAAGAAAAUAGGAUAAAAAAAUAACAAGAAAUCGAAGAAACGUGCAAACUUAAAUAGGAGUUAAGAAACUUGAAGCUAGAUUACAUUCAUGAAAACUUUGAUAGACAGCAUAGAAUAAAUGAUUACAAGCUUGAGCAAAUGCUAGAAAAGGAAAAAUAGCACUAAGAUAAUAUAGCUGCAAUAAGAAAUUAAAGAGAAUUAAUUUAGCAAGCAAAAAAAGAAGUAUAUAGUUAGUACAAAUUGGAAGGAGACAGAAUUAACGAAGGAAUAAAGAUAAUCUAAGAUAACUUAUUCCCGACUUAAAUUACACCAGUCCCUAAGAAUCAUGCUAAAAAAGGAAUUAAGGUUUUGUCAAAAAUAUUUAAAUAAGAAUAAGAAGAAUAAAUAGAAUUACAGUAAAGACUAUUUCCUCAAAAAAACAGUCCAUCACAAUAAAAUAACAUCAAUAACAACAACAGUAAUAUUAACAAUAGCAUGGGAUCAUAAAUUAACAUUAGGGACUGA